UUUCUGACAUCAAUCCAACAGCGGCAGUGGAAUAGGCGCCCGAACGAGAGAGAGAGAGAGACAAAGACGAUACGAUCGAUGAAGUCCACUAAACGGUAGUGACCGUACGAUAUCAACCACCAGCGUAUCACUUGGGUGAGAUCUCCUCGACGAUCAGUUUCUGUCGUAGCAUUCUUGAAGUGACUCGAGUUUUUGUGGAGUAUUUUUCUUAAGAUCCACUCAACUAUGUUGGUUUGAAGUGAUUCGUCUAUUCAUACAUACUACGCAGCCUGCAGAUUGAAACGUUAAGAUGCUACGAAAGUUUAAAUUAUGGAUGCUAAUUAGUGUUGUAUUGAUUAUUGGAAUAAGCUGCACUGUUGCUGAAACUCAAAAGGAAAAUAACUGGAUACGUAAUGAUCAUUCAGACAAGGCUUUCCUAAUACAAAAUGCACGAUACAAGCGCCAAUUGGGCCUUUCUGGAUUUCCAACAGUUAAUCUGUUCGAAAAAGUGGCCAUGGAUACCGCAAAUGUUUUCAAAAGUGUGAAUCAGCAGAUUGGAGCAACCAUCAACCAGUUGUCUCGACCGUAUGCACCAGGUUCGACUGGAAUAAUUAUUGGAAUAGGCGUUCCUGGAGUUACUCAAAAUCCUUAUGGCCAGGUACGUCCGGGUCAACCCUAUGGAUACCCGCCGCCACCUCAUGGUGCGCCCCCACAUCACGGUCCACCUCCACCUCAUGGACCACCACCACCCCAUGGACCACCCUCACCUUAUAGACCACCUCAACCUUAUGGUCCACCGCCUCCUUCAUAUGGACGCCCACCACCGCCGCCUCCGCAACCUCCACAUGGCGGAUUUCAACCAAACAGACAUGAACAUCACGGUCAUGGUCACCAUCAUGGUCACAAUCAAGGUCAUGGAUCUGGAUACGCUAAUGGAUAUGAGCAUGAUAAGUAUAAUGAGAAUGGAUAUGGUCAAGGUAAUGGUCAGGACGGUGAUUUUGGAAAAAAUAAGCCAGGUCAAGGACAAACACCGGUAAAUUCUGGGCAACCAAUAAUUCCAGGCAAUAACAAUGGUCCGACUUCUACAAACACACCUGUUCCACCACCUCCGGAGCCUCCAGUCCCAGCUCCACCGCCACCUACAAUUCCCAGCCAACCUCAACCACCAGUUCCCUCCCCACCGCCACCACCUCUGCCACCAGUACCUUCCCCACCGCCACCACCACAACCAGUUACGGUUGCACCCACACCAGCUCCAAUCCCUUCUACAACUACGGAGACUAUUGAAUAUGUAACUUACGACAUUGAUAUCAGAGGUGGAUUUGAUACCCGUAGAAAACGACAACUCAUUCCCAACCUAUUUAAUUCUAUUGGAAACAUCGUGCAAACCGGAGUUAACUUAGCCAAUCCAGCAAACUAUCAACAACCCGGCAGAAAUCCUUUGUUUCCGGUGCUUGGAGGAUUCGGCCAAUCCUUAAUUUCACAAACCCAACCAUCCAAGCCAGGACAGUUCAGCGGAAAUCAACAACAGACUGUAACUCAAGCACCAUUCCAACCUGCUCCGUCGACACCUAGGCCAACUUUCCAAAACAACAACGCUGCUCAAAUUCAUUCACCAUCUACUUCACCACCACCUGCACCACCCACUUCGGCGCCAAAAACUUCAACAACAGCAGAUGCACUUCCCGAGCUCAAUCUUCAGAGCUUAGGUGGUUCUGAUUUCACCUGGACAGCGGAAAAUAUCGGUGCCCAUCGGACACGCCGAGGCACAGACUCAUUUUUCUUCCCAGAUGACGAGAUCUUUUCCCGUCCCGUACCAUUCACACCCGCCGUCAAACAACCGUUCACUGCAUCCCAAGCCGGAGGUCAAUCCCAGUCACAAAACACCAUUGGAGGUUUCGACCAGAGCAGCGGGUCUCAAUCUCAAUCGCAAACCGUUCAGAACGAGCUGGGACUAUUCAACCAGAACGGAGCAGGAAGUACCUCAGGAAACGUCGCCACCGAUGGUUCUUCCGGUCAACUGAGUGCCGCCAACACGAUGCAACAGAGCUUCCAAACGGCCGACUCGUCCGGCAGCAAAAAUGCCGCUCAAAGCCAAUCGGCUAAUUUUGACAAAAAGGGCAACUUGGCACUAACCUCUUCCAAUGCCAACACGAACUCAAUCCGUGAGAAGGACCGAUUCAAGGAGCAGUCCAAUGCGGGAUCAUCCGCCACCUUGCAGAACCAAUUCGGAACAUCGUCCAACAAUGCGCAAAGCAAUUCGGAAACUUUCUCCGAGAACGGUAUCCAGGGAAACAAAAACACCGCAUCCAGCCAAUCACUGCAGACCAACAAGGACGGUUCGGUGUCAGGAUCGAACUCGAACACGAUGAGUAACACGUUCAAUGGCCCGAACGGACAGCAAGGAAGCUCCUCAUCGAGCCAAUCGUCGAGCUUCAAUCAGGGAAAACCGGCUGCCGGGGGUGCCUCGUCUAGUGCAUCAUCAUCAUCCGCGUCUUCCAGCUCGUCCGGCAAUGGCGGUUCGUUUAGCAUAAGUGGAUCGUUCGCGGGUAUUCCCCAGUUUCAACUUUUUCCCAACAUUUUCAACCAGUUGAAAGGGAAGUGAAAUGUGGGGAUGGUAACAUAAAGUGAUUGUAUCAUAAGUGAAAUAAAUUAUAGUUUCAGAAAUGUGUA